UACUAUAUGAAGGCACUGAUAUAUAAAGACUGAGAUCAGUGUCUGAAGGUCAUCAGCAGCAAAUAUUGUGUGAUUCAGGCCCAAAAAGUCCCAAAUCUACAUGUACUAUGUAUGGACUCCUGAUUUCAUUGGCAUACUGAUAAAAGGUUGAAUGAGUGCCUGUUGGAUUGAGAUUUUAUGUAAAGACCAAUUACAUAAUGUGAUAUCAGAUUAGUGCAGUGGCAUGACUGGUGCAAAGCACUAGAGAUACUGCAUAAAAUAGGGCCUAGUGGAUCUUUCAAAUGUACAUUAAAACGGUGGUACAUACAUGUGGAAGGCACUGGUAACUGGUUCUACGUGUAGGUAACAAUGUCUGGGACUGCAAGAAAUUUAACAGCUGUGCUGAAGAAAAAAGGAGAACUUGUGUUGGAGGACACACCUAUUCCCAAACCAGGCCUUAAUGAGGUCCAGCUACGAGUGCAGUCGGUCGGAAUAUGUGGUUCUGACGUCCACUACGUCGUCGACGGCAAGAUCGGGCGUUUUGUGGUGAACUCGCCCAUGAUUCUUGGCCAUGAGUCAUCGGGGAUCGUGUCGGCACUUGGCGAGGGCGUCACCAGCCUCAAAGUUGGUGACCGCGUAGCCAUUGAACCCGGCGUACCUUGCAGGAUGUGCUCAUACUGUAAGGAGGGUCGCUACAAUCUCUGUCCCGAUAUCGUCUUCUGUGCAACGCCUCCUGUUGAUGGUUCCUUGCGACGCUUCUAUUGUCAUGCUGCUGACUUUUGCUACAAGUUACCAGGUCAUGUGACCCUAGAUGAGGGUGCUCUCUUAGAACCCCUCGCCGUGGGUGUGUACUCCUGUCGGAGAGGAGGAGUGCAACUUGGCAGUAACGUUCUGGUUCUCGGAUCAGGUCCUAUUGGCUUGAUGUGUCUUCUGAGUGCUAAAGCGAUGGGAGCAGCCAAAAUCAUUGUCACAGACCUGGACCAGGGUCGUCUAGACAUGGCCAAGAAGCUGGGAGCCCAUCAUGCAUUGCGGGUGGACACUCAGGACUCUGAGGAGAUGGCACGUAGAGUGGAGGCGGCAUUGGGAUGUAAGCCGGAGAUCAGCAUUGAGUGCAGUGGAGCAGAAGCCAGCACUCAGACAGGAAUCUAUGCCACCAAGUCAGGCGGAGUGUUGCUUCUUGUCGGUAGAGGGCGCUAUCACCUACUUCUUCCUAUAGUCAAUGCUGCUGCGCGAGAAGUGGACAUUCGGGGUGUGUUCAGAUAUGCAAAUUGCUACCCUCUUGCCCUGGAGAUGAUUGCAUCGGGCAAGGUGGAUGCCAAGCCACUGAUAACUCAUCACUUCCCCCUGGAGAAGACCCUGGAGGCAUUUGAGACGUCCAGGACUGGAGCAGGAGGGGCCAUCAAGGUCAUGAUCCACUGCGAUCAGUAAGACAGAUGGAGGAAUCCGAAGGCAUCAUCAUUAUCUGAUCCUAGUUGAUGCAAGAUUAAGACCGCAAAAGGUCUGAUAACAUUAAUCUUGGAGACAGCAAAAUCCCCACAACAACAACAAUCCCUACAAAACCAAUUGAAAGUGAUCAAAUCUAAUAAGGUCACGAUACACUGCCAUUAGUGAGAUAUACUGUUACCAUGGCAACAGAAUCUACUGUGACCAAUUAAAAUGUCACAUUGGAUGCACAAAAUCACCAUGGAAACAGUAAGAUGCUUAGCCAUCGACUGUGAUAACGAUCUAGUCAGGAUACGAUGCAAUUAAUGCGAUUGUGAGGCACAGCAACCUGAGACCAAACAGCAAUGGAAGUUGAUGAGAUCUAUCAAACUAAUGAUACCUUGGACCUCGAAAUCAGGUAUCUCCAUGACAACGGUGAACGGUGAAGCACGCUGUAAUAAUUAAACACUUUGGAAUUAACUUCUCACCGCGGCAGGUCUGGUUGAAUGUUUAACAGUUGAUCAGAGUUGGAAAUUAAUUUGUAUGUGAAAUGUGAUGACUAAAAUAAAAAGAAGUGCUGUUAUACAAUU